AUGGAUAGUAAUAUAGAUAAAUCAUCAUCAUCGCAUUCCGAUGCUGAUCUAUCUACUUCUUUGACACCUUCUCAAGGUUCUGUUGCACCUUUAAACACUCCGUAUGAUAUGCCAGCUACAGAUACAGAUAUUCACUUUAGUACUGGCAAUACAGAGCAGCAACAACAUAUUCAGAUACAGAUGCCAAAAGCUACAGCUCCACUUCCGUCAUCCCCAGCCUUCACCACCACCACCACCACCACCACCAAUAACACAACAACUUUACCUAGUCUACCAACUAGAUCACAUGUAACCAACAACAACAACAACAACAAUAAUAAUAAUAAUAACAAUAGCAAUUUACCAACAACCAUUAAUAAUGGAACGUUAUCAACACCUCCUUUGACAUCAUCAUCAUCAUCAACAACUCAAAUACCUAGUCCACCAAACCAACAAAACAAACAACCAUCUCCACCACAAUCAAACUUUUUUAAAUCAACUACUUCCAAAUUGAAUACACUAGAUUAUCCUUUAAUUAUCAAAGGAAAGUCCGAUAAUAAUAAUAACAAUAAUAACAAUAAUAACAAUAAUAACAAUUUCAAUAAUGUCGAUGAAAAUAAUAAUAAUAGUAACUUGGAUAUUACGAAUAAAAAUAAUAAUCAGAAUAUAAACUAUACACUUCCGAUCAAACAAACAUCACUGCCAUCAAUAUCUCAUCAACAAACACAAAUACCAGCAUUACAAAAAAGAAAAUCAUUAUCAAAUACAACUUCAAUUCCUUCGCCUUCCUCUACAGCCACACCAUUACCAUCUUCACAAUCGUCACUAAAGAAUUCACCAAGAUCGGUAUCACCGACUUCAUCUUCACCGAUUCAAUCACCGUCGCUUCUAUCAUCGUCCAAUGGCAGUAUAUCAUCAUCGACCAACAGUACAGCAUCUACAACAAACAACAACAACAACACCACCACCACCACUACAACUUCCAGUCAGCCAACCAAGAUGUGUCACUGCAAGAACUCCAAAUGUCUCAAGAUGUAUUGUGAAUGUUUUGCAAGCAAACAACUCUGCAAUGGAUGUCAGUGCUUUGGUUGUCACAACAAUGAAGAUCACAUAGAGAGUGUAGAGAAUGCACGUGCCAGCACACUCGAGAGAAACCCCGAUGCAUUCGGACCAAAAUUCAAACAAUCAUUUAAUGGAGAGAAACCAAAAGCAGAAAAACAUCUCAAAGGUUGUCAUUGUCGAAGAAGUGGUUAUGAUCAUCAACAUCCACCUGCACAAACAGCCGCAAAGCCUAAUAAGCGUCAGGAUUCGACAUCUACUCACUCACAAACGACAACCUCCAAGAAGGUAAAACUUGAUACAAACAUACCACCUUUAAUCAAUCCAGCACCAUUUAUACCACCAAUAUCAUCUCAUAAUAAUAACUAUAAUAAUAAUAAUAAUAAAGAUGAUUUCAAUGGGAAUAAUAGAAUGGAUACAGCUGCAAUCGAUAAUAGAAAAAAUAGAAAGAAUCAUAAUGUAAAUAUAGGUAAUAGUUUAUUGGACAAUAAUCAUAAAAAUACCAAAGAUAUUAAUAAUAACAACAAUAUCAAUAAUAAUAAUAAUAAUAAUAAUAAUAAUAUAAGAGAGAAUAAUUUUAAUGAUGAAAUAUAUAUAAGUAAUGAUAAAACAAUGAAGGGUGUACUCAAUAGAUACAUUGACAGGCAGCACUUAUCACAGUUUUCAUACGAACUAUAUAUGUCUCUAAAGAAUUACAACAAUGGUGGUGUGGACAACAGUCCUCCCAACCAAUUGCGAUCAAAAGUAUCACUCGAAUGCGAUGAAGAUCUAGACAUGAAUAGUAACAAUAACAAUAAUAAUAAUAACACACCAACUAACGAAUCACAACAAGAUUACACUAAAAAAGAAGCAUUGAUACUUUCAAAGUUUUCGGAAUAUCUAUCGAAAAUUCAAACAUCUUCCCAAUCAUUGUACACUGUGACACCACGAGACAAACAACAUCUAUUCAAAAUCGAAGAUGCCAAAGCAAAGUUCACCGCUUUGAUUUCUUUGGACAGGUCUUGCUUUCACUGGAAUGAUGGUGGUCUGAAUUUGUGGGAUCUAUCUCUUCGUUCUGCUGCUUAUAAGAUAUGGGUCUUUAAUAGAUUCCUGUUGUUAAGUAGAAGCAACUCAUUUGGUUACUUCAAAACUUACAUUUUACUUUUAACCAAACCGCAUGCGGUCAACUAA